AUGUCUACAGCCAUUGAUGUGGCCCGUCUCGGAGUCCCCAUCCAGGAAGACUGCAGUGACCAGCGCAGGCAUUUUCGUUUCACCGACUCCCAUGUUGCCAUGGUGGUUCUGCACCGCGUUGCCGCUUCACCUCUUUCAAUCAUUAGGCGACUCGCAAGUAAACAGCGAACGCAUUACGAAACCCUGGGCGUCCGACAGAGUGCAACUGCUAGUGAGAUACGUUCCGCUUUUCUGGAACUAUCCAAGAAGCAUCAUCCUGACAAACAAGGGAAUGUAGAGGUUUUCAAGGCGGUCAACGAAGCAUACUCUGUCUUGUCCCGAGAAGAAUUUCGUCGUACUUACGAUCGAUCGUUGGCUGCCGGUGAGCCCGUUGUGCACGAUGAACCAAUUUUUCGGCGCGCGCAUGACGUCUAUCGUGAGGACUAUUACAGCGCCCACCAGUUUCCUUUCGGUCGGUAA